CCAUGGCCGUGGCUGUCCCGGGCAUCUCUAUGGCAGCGGGCGCUGCCCGGCCCCGGCGGCGGGAGGAGGAUGUCCCUGGCUGCCUAUUGCUUCCUGGGGGCCGUGGGGAAGGGCAGCUACGGGGAGGUGAGCCUGGCGCGGCACCGCCAGGACCGCAAGCAGUACGUCAUCAAGAAGUUAAACCUCCGGAACGCUUCCAGCCGUGAGAGGAGGGCGGCAGAGCAGGAGGCACAGCUGCUGUCCCAGCUGAGACACCCCAACAUCGUCACCUACAGGGAGUCCUGGCAGGGGCAGGAUGGCCACCUGUACAUUGUCAUGGGCUUCUGUGAGGGAGGAGACCUCUACCACAAACUUAAGGAGCAGAAGGGCAAACUCCUGCCCGAGAGUCAGGUGGUGGAGUGGUUUGUCCAGAUUGCCAUGGCACUGCAGUAUUUACAUGAAAAGCACAUUCUGCACAGAGAUCUUAAAACUCAAAAUAUUUUCCUGACACGAACCAACAUAAUCAAAGUGGGUGACCUGGGAAUAGCCAGAGUGUUGGAAAACCAGUAUGACAUGGCCAGCACUCUGAUAGGCACCCCCUACUACAUGAGCCCUGAGCUCUUUUCCAACAAACCCUACAACCACAAGUCUGAUGUUUGGGCACUGGGCUGCUGUGUUUAUGAGAUGGCUACACUGAAACACGCCUUCAAUGCUAAAGACAUGAACUCCUUGGUUUAUCGAAUUAUUGAAGGAAAGCUGCCACCCAUGCCCAAGGAUUACAGCCCACAGCUGGUGGCAAUAAUCCAAACCAUGCUGAGUAAAAAACCCGAGGAACGACCCAGCGUGAAGAGCGUCCUGCGCCAGCCCUAUAUCAAGCAACAGAUUGCUCUGUUUCUGGAGGCCACAAAGGCGAAAGCAGCUAGAAAUCAGAAGAAAACAGUGAAUUCUAAACCUAAAGAUCCUUGUUCUGUCAUCUCAGCAAAGAACGAGUCUCACAGCAGGACUGUUACACACCAAAACCGGUCCUCUGAGCAAGCCAGGACAUACAAAGUUAACGAGGAAGACUGCAACGUCAAGCAUAAAGCCACCAAAGUUUGUCCCUCAGAGAAACCAGUUGUUGAGGUGGAAAGAAAACCGAGCAAUAAUGAUCUGAACAACCUGGGAGAUUCCAUAGCUACAAUUAGUGGAGUGAACAUUGAUAUCUUCCCACGUGAAAGGAUCAAGUGUGGAAGUGAGAAGUGUGGCAGUGAGUGUGUCCCAGAGGAUAAUAAAGCAAAGUAUUCAAAUGUUCCAGGCAAUUCUAAAAUAACAUCUCACAGCCCACCAGUUAAGGAAGAUGGACCACAGCAAAGAGCAAAACCAGCUUCUAAAGCUGAAAAAGUUGAGUCUCAGCUGUCCUCUGUUAAUGCUGUAGAAGAUAAUGAUGACACUUUGAAACUCCUGCAGCCUUUAUCAAAAGACCAAAAGCAGACUGACCUGAGCUUGGAUUCCACUGAAGAGCUGCUAGGACCCUUUGUUCCUGUUGUUAUUCAAGAUGAUGUCAGUCAUGGAGCUUCGGGAGAUGCUCAGGGAAAAACCUUCCGUUUGGAGCCUCACAGCUCUGCCAGUGAACCUUCUCUCUCACAGCAGCAGCAGCAGAAGAGAAGAGAGCUGGCUGAAGGCUGCUCAGACAAGUUCAGAACAGUUUCUCCUCGACCUCUGCCAGUUCCUUCUGAUGUGAGCACCAGGACAGCCCAGAGGUGUGCAGAGCAGCCCAGUGCUGGAGCCUCCGAGCCUGGAAAUGGUGCCAAAGCUGCCAUUCCAACGGAGCGGCCCCUGUCAGCAAGAGAGCGAAGGAGGCUGAAACAGUCUCGGGAGAUGCUUCCCUCUGUGCCUCCGGUGAGACAGUCGUCAAAUGGUGCAGUAGUUGAAGCAAAAUCACACGUGGAAAAUUGUGUUAAAGUUGCUCAGUCCUCAUCAGAUCCCAGUAUUUCUCAGAAAAAGAGAGAAACCCAUUGCCUGUCUGAUGAUGAGUUGAGCUCUUCCACAAGCUCCACAGAGAAGUCUGAUGGUGAUUCCAAGGACAGGAAAAGCAAUGGGAAUGAAAUGAAUGACUUGGUGCAGCUGAUGACUUGGACACUGAAAAUGGACUCUAAGGAGAACUCUGAGUAUUGUGUAGCCUCAACUCCAGCCCCAGAGUUCAAACUCCAUAAAAAAUAUCGGGACACUUUGAUUUUGCAUGGAAAAUUGCCUGAUGAAUCAGAGGAGUUAAACGUUGAAGAGAUUCCUUCAGAUAUGUUAUCAGUUCCUGACAAGAUUAGGAGAAUGGUUGAAAUCCUGAGAUCUGAUGUGGUGCAAGGAUUGGGAGUGAAACUUCUUGAGGAGGUGUACAGAAUCAUGGAAGAUGACGAUGAAGUGAAAAGAGAGCGGCAGCUGCGGGAGCGCCUGGGGGACAAGUACGGGAGUUACAGCGCCAAGGCUCGCCAUCUGAAAUUCCUUGAGGAAAACGUGAAGCUCUGACCACAAUCUUUUCCUUAGAGAAAAGGACUCUUUUAUAGCCCCUAUGACAGACUGGACCAGCUUACAAAGCACGUUUACCUGUCGAUCUCCUUUGCUGGAACAAGGAGGUGAACUUGCAGAAGACGUUAGAGUUUGUAGUAAUAUUUUUCAUGUUAAACUGUGAACCAGGCUAUCACUUUCUCAGAAAAGAAACCGUUAGUUUAGUUUUUAUUCUCUUAAUGAAACUUUAAAAUGUUGCUUUUCAUAGAUGCACAUAGGGAUGGGUACCAAGUUUUGUAUACUAAAGAGUGUCAAAAAAAUUAUGUUUUGGUUUGAAUUUCUCAUAGCAAAAGGUUUUUGGGAUGGUCACGUAAAUAGAGUAACAAAAUCUCUGCCAAGGUGCUGGUGUGAUAGUGCAUCAGAGAGUUGUGAAAACUUAGCAAGAGAAAGAAUUAUUAAUUUUUGUAGAACCAAAAUGCUGGAAAUUGCCAAGCCCAAGUGCUGAAGGGGGUGGCUGUACUGCUUUUAAGGAGAGACUUUGCUUUUGUGUUUUGUUGCUGAGGUAGUUGCCAAGGUGGGGGAAAGCAUUUGGUAACUGGAUAAAGUCAGUCUGGAAAUGUUUGAAAGGAAUGCAGCCAUAGUUACCAUGGUCCCAGCUGGAGAAAUCCCUUUGCCUUACAAAUAUUAAUUCCUUUCAGGAAUGAAAGUGCCCAAGACCAGAAUCACUUACAGAAAUAGAUGUCUUAGCUUUUCCCCCCCUCUUUGCAUCCCAACUGUCUCACUACACCCCCCCAGGCAUUGUUGUACCAUCCCUACAGAAAAAGCACAUGUUCUUUUUUUAAGGAUAAAGAAGUCAAAUAAACUGAAUUUGUAAAAUAAAAUUCUAAAUGAACAACCUGUCUCUCUUCCUGCCUGUAGCUGAAAUAUUGGGACCUCCAGCACCUGUGAGGGAGGUUACAGACAUGAGUCAAUAGUAAAAAAAA